CCACCAGACAGUUCAUCGAUGACCCCGCCAGCCCCGACCAGCUCCUGCCCAUUGUGUCAUGGACGUUGAGCACGCAAGGCCCGCCAAACGGCGUCAUUUGGCUGCGGAAGAGCGACAGCGAGCGAUCCGCGCUUGUGUAGAAUGUCGCCGUCUGAAAGAAAAAUGCGAGGGUGGUAUGCCCUGUAGACGUUGUCACCAUCUACGCCGUCCAUGUGAAUUCAAUCGUCAGCCUGCCACAACUGAUAAGCGAGCACCCGACUCUGCUGGCUCAGUAAAGGAUUUGAUGGACCGACUGAGAUGUAUGGGGUUCAUCCUUAAGCACCACUUCCCCGAUCUCGCUCUCGACAUCGAGUCUCUGCGACGUACGUGCGAUACCCUGUCUACGCAGAAUGACCGGAGCGAGCCAGCGGCAGAGUUGCUAGAUCUGUCUAUAAAUGCGCAACCGUCUGAAAGUUCAGGCAUUGAAGAUGAAAAUUGCACUAUUGACUCGGUGGAUGACACUACAGUCCACUACUCUGGUGAGUUCUCUCACUGGAACUUCUCCAUGCACAUCAAACGCAACAUAGAUGAUUUGAUGGCCAGAUCUAAUGUGCCGAGCAUAGAUAAUGCCAACCAAGUGCCAGACUUCAUCCGCGUCGGAGUGGCCGACCCGGGCUCCACCUCCAUCUCUGACAUCGUUGCCAUCCUUCCACCUCGCUCGGUAGCUACGUUUCUGAUCAAUGUCUUCUUCAAGCACUCCACAAGUUUCUACUACUAUAUAGAUCGAGGCUGGCUUGACGGAAUUCUGGACCGUAUAUACACAAACGUGGCCGGACUACGUUCGAAAGACGUUACCCCGUCAUGCCUGGUACUGAUGGUCCUCGCAGUCGGAACCCAAUACGUCCAUUUGGAAUCUCCAGACAAGAACAGUAGACGCAUCUCUAGUGUUUCGUCAAGUUCCGAGGCACCGAACAGCUGGGAGCUUGACAUUGGAACAUCAUUCUAUCGUCAGGUAGCGAAGCUCUUAUCGGAAGUCAUUCAUUCUGGCUCGCUCCUGAGUGUCCAGGUCUUCCUCCUCCUUGGCCUAUACUGUCUACCCAUUGAUGCCUCUGGUUUGAGUUACAUCUACUUGAACCUGGCCGUCAAAGUUGCUAUACAAAACGGCAUGCAUCGCAAGGUCUCUCGUAGUGCCAUUGAUGCCAAGAACAAAGAAUUUAGACGUCGCAUUUGGUGGACAGCCUAUUGUAUGGAAAGGAAGAUUGGAGUUUACCAUGGACGUCCGGCUUCCAUAAACCGCUCCGAUAUCGAUGCAGAUAUUCCGCAAAGUGUUGAGGGUGGUAAUAUAAGCAAUGAUUCUUUCGAUACUUCCGGACUUUUAGAGUCGAUCGAUCUGACACGUCACGCCGAGGCGUUCCUUCAAGAGAUAUCGCGUCUCCGAACGUGCGAGAGAUCUGAAGUCGGGACUAUCUUGAGCCGAAUCAAGCUCAUGAAGACGAACCUGCGAGGAUCAUGGGUGCCACCUUGUAGGGAUGGCCAAUCGCCGUCAACAGUAAAUCGAGAAGAGCGAUCGUUGUCUCGCGCGGAGAUACAUUCUCGGCUGGAAUGUUGUCUGCUGCACAUGUUCAUUGGUCGACCCUUCAUUCUUGCCCAUCGUCAGAGGCGUCCGAAUGACAUUUCUCCGCAAGCGUCCGAAGCAUCACGAACAAAGACAGCGGAGUCGCAUAUGCAAUGGGACUUUCUGGUCCAGGACUGUGUAGCGGCAGCAAGAGAAGUGAUCAGUGUCUGCCACGAUCUGCAAACUGGCGGCCUUGGCCUUGCAAAGUCAUCCUACACUGAAUACAGCUCUUGCCGGGCGUCACUACUGGUCUUGAUCGCCUACAGUGUCUGCUAUCGUACGAACGAGUUUGCGAGCACUUUGCAAAGAGGUCUGGAUGCAAUUAGAGAGAUGGCUUCUGUGGGAGAUUCCGCUCGGUCAGAAGUUCAUUUGCUGGAGACGCUGGAAUCGGCAUUGCAUCGACUUCACGUAUUCGAUCCGACAACUACCGGACCAAAAGUCGCAGCAGCAGAAGACCUAGUAGAAGAAGGUGGUUAUGAAGGGUUUGUCAAUUGGUACUCCAGACUAGGAGGUUUGUCACGUUCCCGCACCGCACAGUGGACACAACAUGGUGGUGUCGAACAACGAGCGAGGCCGCAGACCCGAGAACUCGGCCUACAUGCUGGACCAAGCAUCCAUGACCCGGCGGUGACUGGUAUGUCAGAUGAUACUUCCAUGGACAUGUAUCCUUUCGAUUUUGAUCUGCUUCACACGGAUGGGAAUGCGGCCUUCUUCACGCCGGAGUUCAAUCAGCACGGCAAUCCGGAGAGGGAACUGUUCGAAAAUUUAUUUUGGAUGCCGAAGUGACGUUUUGUGUGCGUCAUGAAGGAGUCUACCCAUCUACCUGUUCAUGGAUAUGUGCGUCAGCGAAAUGACAUGUGCUACGGACAAAAUUGUACUGAUGGAUGAAUCCCUAAAUGCUAUGAAAACCGAAGCUAUCCCUCUGUAUCAUCUUUCUAGCUAGACUAACGCAGAUUAUGGAAGGUUAUAACAAAGUGUUUGUAAAUCAUUGAGCCCGGCUUUGUAUUCCCCCCAGCGGGUAACCUCAAUAGUAUGGGCAAUCUUCUACUUUUCUAAGAAUCUUGGCUCGAUCAUUCAUUGCGUCCA